AUGAGAGAAAAUGAACUCCCUGUGGAUAUGGAAACGGUUCACUUGGAUGAACAUGCUGAGGAUGUUGAUCUAAAUCAUUAUCGAAUUGGGAAAAUUGAAGGGUUUGAAGUCCUGAAGAAAGUGAAGACCCUCUGUCUCCGUCAGAAUCUAAUAAAGUGUAUUGAGAACUUGGAAGAGUUACAGAGCCUUCGAGAGCUGGACCUCUACAACAACCAGAUGAAAAAGAUUGAGAACCUGGAGGCAUUGACAGAGCUUGAGACUUUAGACAUUUCUUUUAAUCUUCUGCGAAACAUUGAAGGGAUAGAUCAGCUCACUUGUCUAAAGAAACUCUUCCUGGUAAACAAUAAAAUCAACAAAAUCGAAAACAUCAGUAAUCUCCAGCAGCUAAAGAUGCUAGAGCUUGGAUCUAACCGAAUCUGGGCCAUUGAAAACAUUGACAGCUUGACCAACCUUGACAGUUUGUUCUUGGGGAAGAAUAAGAUCACCAAGCUCCAGAACCUGGAUGCCCUCACCAAACUAAUUGUGCUCAGCAUGCAGAGUAACCGGCUAACCAAAAUUGAAGGCCUCCAGAACCUGGUGAACCUUCGAGAACUGUACCUCAGGCACAAUGGUAUUGAGGUCAUUGAGGGCCUGGAAAACAAUAACAAACUCAUAAUGCUGGACAUUGCAUCAAAUAGAAUAAAAAAGAUUGAAAACAUCAGCCACCUCACAGAACUCCAAGAAUUCUGGAUGAAUGACAAUCUCAUUGAGAGCUGGAGUGACUUGGAUGAAUUAAAGGGGGCCAAGCUUCUCGAAACAGUUUACUUGGAGCAGAACCCUCUGCAGAAAGACCCCUGGUAUCCACGGAAAAUCAUGCUUGCCCUCCCUACCAUCCAGCAAAUCGAUGCCACAUUCGUGCGGUUCUAA